AUGUCUGACUUUGCAUUCAACAACUACUGUAUACACUGUGACAAAUUGUGUCCCACGAAUUCAGUCUACUGCUCAGAAGAGUGUAAAUCGAUAGAAUAUCAGUCCUCAAUACAACCAAGUAAUACUUUCAACGCUGCAUCAUUUGAACAAUAUUCAUCAGGUCAGCACUCCAAUGAAAGUCAAUACCAUCAUAACAACUCGGUUUCUUCGAUAUCGUCUACCACCCGCAAUAAUAACAAUAAUGACUACACCCCUAAUGACAUGGUUUCACCACUUUUGACUCCUGCUUUGUAUCUUCAGCAACAGCAACAACAACAACAACAACAACAACAACAACAACAACAACAACAACAGCUACAAUUGGUGUCGUCUCCCUUGAUGUUGGCCUCACAUGUUGAUGUCGAAACAAAAGAUGACAGUCACUACUAUGACUUGAAUUAUUUUGACUUGAACUACUCAGUUAAAUCCAACACCAACUACACCAGUAAUCAAACCAGUAACGAGUUGAUAAAUUCCACAUCACGCAAUUAUCGCAAAUGGUUGACUGCCUUGUAA